AUGGCGGCCGCGCGAGUGCUGCUGCUCCAGGGCGCGCGCCUGGGGCCCGUGGGCUUCGCGCGCAGCGUGUGUGGCCGCCUGGGGGCCGCCCCGGGCCCCGGGCCGUGGCCCGCGCACUGCGCCCUGAAGCGGGGGCAGCUCGUCCUGUCGGACCGGCCGUUCCCCGGCGCCUCGGUCAGGCUUCCGCUGCAGCGCCCCCCCUUCUGCCCCUUCGCGGCCCUGGACCCGCAGCCCGCGCGCCCCGCGGCCGAGCUGCCCGGCGCCCGCGGGGUGGACCUGGGCGUGGCCGUCGUCCUCCAAUCCAGCGACCGGACUGUCCUGCUGACCCGAAGGGCCGGCACCCUCCGCGUCUCCCCCAACCUCUGGGUACCCCCAGGUGGGCACGCAGAACCUGAUGAAGAGCUGCUGGAUGGCGGCCUCCGAGAGCUCCGGGAGGAGACUGGGCUGCGGCUGCGCCAGGGCGGGUUCUCCUGGGUCCCUCUGGGGUUAUGGGAGUCUGCCUACCCGCCCAGGCUGAGCUGGGGGCUCCCCAAAUACCAUCAUAUCGUCCUCUAUCUACUUGUGGUCUCCCAGGAGUCCCAGCAGCAACUGCAGGCCCGGAUCCAGCCAAACCCAAGUGAGGUGAGCGCCCUCACGUGGCUGGGACCAGAUGUAGCCGCUGUGGUGGCUGCCUCAGAGGAUGGAACCAAGACUCCUGGGCCAGGCCUCCAGGGCCUGCCACCCUCAGUCCCUGCCGUAGGUGUGGAGGCGGAUGGAGGCACUCGGCCCCUGGCCCUGCCCCUGGGCACACUGCUGCGGACCACGCCAGUCACGGCAGAGGACAACGAGAGGGUCAGCACUGGGACCAAGUUUGCCCUCGGGCUCUGGCUGAAGCAUCUGGGCGGCGUGGCGCUCUGACCAUGUGGAUGAGGAACUCAGUCGGGUCCAGGACCAGGGAAGGAAGAACAGAACACAGACCUUCCCCCAGACCAGGGGCCUGGGAAGCGAAGCGCGUGAUCCCCUCCCUGCCCGCCGCCAUGACGCUCUCAGAACAUUCACAAUCUUUAUUAUGGAUGAGAACGUUGCUACAACUUUGGGAAUAAAAAGUAAAAUUAGAACAUAGGUGCUAGGCUCUGGAAAAGCCUUAAAAAAAGGAGAUUGGAGAGAGCACGAGGGUCCUCCCACCUCCCAGGAAAGGUGCAAAAUGAGCCAAGUCUCACCUCAGGGCCGGGGGCAGCCAAAAGCUCAGGCCCUGGGCUGGUGGGCACAAGGAACAACAUGAACUUAAAUAUAUAAAUAGAGACCCAGGCAAUAGGCCAGGCCCUGCCCCCAAGCCUCGGGGAUCAGGACAAAGGCCUUAUCUCCUCCUCAGUCACACGGGAAGUCAUCUUUGGAGUAUUUUGGUUUUUCUUGUUUAUAUACAAAAAAUCUGCAACCCAAAAUAGAGUUCUCUGUCCAUCUGUCUGCCUGUAUCACUUUGUCCGCCUGUCCGU